GGCUAACGUCACGUGACAUUCCUGCAGGAUCAUGUGAUAAAUCUACGUCCUGCUUGCUCUCGUCAACUUUUCCCCCAGCAAAUCCCAAACAAACAAACGAACAUGGCGGAUUAUGAAGAGCGACAGAGCCUCCUGGGAGAGGAGGACGAGGCAGCCAGAGGACCCGGCAGACCGAUGCCGGCCAUCUGCGACCCCAACCACCUCCUGCACCGAAUCGUUGUCCUGACAUUCAUGUGUUUCUUGGGAUUUGGAAGCUACUUCUGUUAUGACAACCCGGCUGCACUUCAAACUGAACUCAUCCAGGAUCUGAACCUGAACACUGCAAAGUUCAUGCAGCUGUACGCCUGGUACUCUUGGCCCAAUGUGGUUCUCUGCUUCUUUGGAGGAUUCCUGCUUGACAGGGUUUUUGGCAUCAGGCUGGGAACCAUCAUCUUUUCCCUCUUUGUCUGUGUUGGACAGGUAAUAUUUGCUACUGGAGCUUUGGUAAAUCGCUUCUGGCUGAUGGAAGUUGGACGUUUCGUCUUCGGUAUUGGAGGAGAGUCCUUGGCCGUGGCCCAGAACACCUACGCAGUCAACUGGUUCAAAGGAAAGGAGCUCAAUCUGGUGUUCGGCCUUCAGCUGAGCAUGGCUCGCCUGGGCAGCACAGUGAACAUGAACAUCAUGGGCUGGGUGUACAGCAAAGUCGGAAAACUCGUUGGCCACCCUGGACACACCGCACUUGGCGCAUCACUCAUGAUCGCUGCUGUAACCUGCCUGUUUUCACUAGCCUGUGCCUUGGUGUUGGGACUUCUUGACAGAAGAGCAGAGAAGAUCCUCAACAAGGAACAAGGCAAAACAGGUGAGGUGAUCAAGUUGACUGACGUGAAAGACUUCCCCUUCACCCUGUGGCUCAUCUUCAUCAUUUGUGUCUGCUACUAUGUUGCCAUUUUCCCCUUUAUUGGACUGGGACAGGUGUUCUUCAUUGAAAAGUUCGGCUUCUCCCCUAGUGAAGCCAGAGCUGUCAACAGUAUUGUGUACAUCAUCUCCGCCCCUGCAUCUCCACUGCUGGGCUUCAUGGUUGACAGGACGGGGAGGAAUGUGGUUUGGGUAAUGAUCGCCGUGUUCGCCACACUCCUCGCUCACAUGAUGCUGGCCUUCACCUUUUGGAACCCAUGGAUCGCCAUGUCCCUGCUGGGUCUCUCCUACUCCUUACUGGCCUGUGCACUGUGGCCCAUGGUGGCCUUUGUUGUACCUGAGCAUCAGCUGGGGACCGCCUAUGGCUUCAUGCAGUCGAUCCAGAACCUGGGACUCGCUCUCAUUGCCAUGGCAGCAGGAUCCAUCCUGGACACCAGAGGAUACCUGCUUUUAGAAGUGUUUUUCUGCAUCUGCAUCUGCGGUUCACUGAUGGCAGUGGUGAUGCUGUACUUUGUGGAUUAUCUCAAAGGAGGAGAUUUGAACCUGUCAGCCGCAGCCAGAGCCAAACUCCAGAAAGAAGCCACUGCAGAGGCAGAAUGAUGAUGAUGACGAUGAUGAUGAGGGAACACGCAUAGUCCUAGGCUUCAGAGCCAGCAGGCUGCACUGUCCACCCCAGAGCUGUCAAUCAACUGUCACAGGGCGGGACUGCAGUACUGACUCCGCCCAGUGCUGUCACCUGUGGCUCUUCCCAUCAGAACUGAUUGUCUGGCCCCGGCUAUUACAUAGCCAACCCUGUAUUAAUAGCUUUUUAUGUCCCUAUCAGGACACUGACAAAUGACCACUCUUAGUUUGGACUCCACAAUUCCUCUCUGACUUCUCAUACUGACUUUAUCUCCUCCUAUAUUCACUCUCCACUGACUCGUGUCAAACUCGGACAUGAAGCUAACAACGAAAGUCAAAGUACUUCGAUAAUGUUUCUAAAACAUUUUAAAUGUUCAGCGAAAGAUGAGACUGGUGUCCUGUGGAAAGGUGCAUAUAUAUGAUGAAUAGUACUUGAUUAUAUGACUCUCAAUAUAGGAUUCCUAUAUUAAUUCAAUUGUUUUAAAUGUGUAUGAGGGUAACUUUGUGGAUGUUUCUUUUUCAAGUUGUUUUCAGAAGGACUCUGUUACUUGCCUUAUUUCUGACAUACUCAGCAGUUUGUUAAUGUACAUAUCAGUUGUCAGCAUUCACAAUAAUUGCCAACCAAUAUCCUCCUUACUGGACUGUCCUUAGUGAGUUCCUAUUCAAUUUUAAUCCUAUGCUUCAUUGACCUUUUAUGGUUUAUAAUCUCAAAAAAAGCUUCGCUCUUUAUUGUUUAAAUCGUUAUCACUCUAUUCUUUUAUUUCUUAAUUCCUUUAUCUGCUCUUCGCUGGUUUCGGAGGGUCAUACAGAUUUAUUUUCUGUUUCAUCAUCAAAUGCUAUAUUACUGUAAUGAUAAGAAAGACAAGAACACGAGAGAGGCACACUUUGGAGUGCAUUUACCCAUUUAAUGAUUUUCCAAGUUUGAACUUUUUACAGUUUUUAAUAAUGUGACCUUUUUGAAGAUUCAGCUCCACUUAUUAAUUAUGUUUUGCAGACUGUGUUUUGCUCGUUUAUCAAGCUCAGGUAAUUAACUUUUUUGUAAGCACGGCCCCCCCCAAGUUGUUUCUGUUGAGACACAAUAUGCAUGCACUCUGUUUAACUGUCAUCACUGUAGUAAAGUGGGAACAGCUUCAUCCCUGUGUUGUUAUCAGGGUAACUGUAACACGCCCUGGAACUCUUGGAUCUUUUUCUUUUUUCUUUUUUUUUACCUCCAAUGGUUUGACUUUUCACUUUGCUGCAGUGAUGUAGAAAUGUACUCGUACAUGAUGUACAUCAAUGACGCCGUACAUUAGGACACAAGUUUGUGGUUACAGGUGCUAAAGAGCACAGGACGCAUACCAGUGAUGCUGCAUGUGGUCACGUAUGAAACUUUCAACCAGAGAGUAAAGCUCUGCUUUUCAAUCUGGUGUUAAGAUACUCUGUAAAGCCCAACACGUGUAAGAAGACGGUCAAGUAGCACCAAGUUAAAAUGUUGUGAUUGCACAUUAAAAUGACCACAGUGUCAUACAACCAGAAACAUGCUGCUCUCGUCACCUGUCACUCAUUUGCACUAUGUUGUUGUGACAGCAGGGCGGUCUUUGAUUAACUGAGAAUAUUUGUAUGAAAUUACUAACUGUCAUUGAGCAGUGUACAAGAAAUGACAGAAGAUCCAUUGUACAAUCAAAGACGGUGAGAUUGGGAAGAAAGUAUUUUUUUAAAUGGAGCAAUGACAUUUAUUAAUUAAACACAACUAUUUGAAUUCA